AUGCGUAUGCUUGCUUAUGGAGUUGGGGCAGAUGUUAUGGAUGAUUAUCUCCAAAUUGGUGAAAGCACAUCAAUUGAAGCUAUGAGAAAGUUUGUGUUUGCUGUUAUUGAUGUGUUUGGAGUUGAAUACUUGAGAAAACCAAAUUCGAAUGAUAUUUCCAGAUUGUUAUUGAUGGGUGAGAGUCGUGGGUUUAGAGCAAUGCUUGGUAGUAUUGAUUAUAUACAUUGGAAGUGGAAGAAUUGUCCAGUUGCUUGGAAAUGUAUGUUUUCUAGUGAAGAUCAUCGUGAACCUUCAUUGAUUCUUGAAGCUGUUGCCUCACAAGAUCUUUAG